AUGUCCACCUCUGUCGACAGUGUCACCGCCCAGAUGGCCAACACUUCCCUCGAGAACACCAACGAGCCCGCUGGCACCCAGCCCACGGCAGCCGAGAACGAGGCUGUUCUGGCCAGCGCCGCCGAGGGUAGGCGACUCUACAUUGGAAACCUCGCGUAUGCGACCACCGAGGGGGAGUUGAAGGACUUCUUCAAGGACUACCUUGUCGAGUCCGUCACCAUCCCUACCAACCCUCGCACCUCGCGCCCCGUUGGCUACGCCUUCGUGGCUCUCUCCACACCCUCCGAGGCCGAGCGCGCCAUUGCUGAGCUCAACGGUAAGGCCAUCCUCGAGCGCAAGGUCUCGAUCCAGCUCGCUCGCACCCCCGAGCAGCACGCUGAGGGCACCGGCAGCGGUGCCGAGGGUGCUAGCGGCGGCGAGCACCGUCGUCGGGCCUCAACCCGCGGACGUGGUCGCGGCCGUGGACGCGGUGGCCGUGCCGGCCGUGGUGGACGUGCCGGUGCCGACGGUACCGACGGUGCCGAGCAGGUCGAGCUCGUCGAUGCUGCCCCUGCCGACAGCACUCCCACCAAUGUUCCUGGCCAAGUUGUAGGACUCACCGAGACCACCAACGAGGCGCUCACCGCUGACAAGACCGACAAAAAGGCCGCUCCCCGCGAGCGCAAGCAGCGCGGUCCUCCCGAGGACGGCGUCCCCUCCAAGACCAAGGUCAUGGUUGCCAACCUCCCCUACGACCUCAAGGAAGACCGCCUCCUCGAGAUCUUCAAGGAUUACUCCCCCGUCAACGCCAAGAUUGCCCUCCGCCCCAUCCCCCGCUUCAUGGUCAAGAAGCUCCAGGCCCGCGGUGAGCCUCGCAAGGGUCGUGGCUUCGGCUUCGUCACUCUUGGCUCUGAGGAGCUCCAGCAGAAGGCUUGCAACGAGAUGAACGGCAAGGAGAUCGAGGGUCGCGAGAUCGCCGUCAAGGUCGCCAUCGACUCCCCCGGAAAGGAGGAUGACCACAUGGAGGCUCCCGCCGAGGGCGAGGCUGCUGCCACCGCCCCCGCUGGAGAUGCUGCCGAAGCCCCUGCCGAGUCCACCGAGACCCCGGCCGCCGCACCAGCUGCCACCGCCGCUUAG